CCGUGGAGACCGAGCGAGUCCGUGCGCGCGCGCCAGCGAGGAUAGAAGCGGCGUCGGCAGCGGAUAGCUAGAUAGGGGAGAGGGGGCUUCUGCUCAUGUGUUUGGGAUUGGUGUCUCCUCCACUUUCUCACCAACAUCACCAGUCAAACCCGUUUGGUUUCCGUCUGUUUCAACUCCUUUCUUACUUCCUUGUUUAUUUUUCAGCGUAACCCGAAGACAUAGACAGCGAUUCCCCCCCACCCCAGUCACUGCUCAGAACGAGUAAGAUGUCCAGUGAGCCGCAGACGGCUGAUGACAGCCCCAGUACCAGUAGUGGCAGCUCAGAUGGGGAUCAGCGAGAAAGUACUCCUCAAGAACAAGAGAGGGAACAGCCACAGCCCAAGAAAAAAGAUGCCAAGAUUUCCAGUAAAACUGCUGCUAAACUUUCAACUAGUGCUAAAAGGAUUCAGAAAGAACUUGCAGAGAUUACAUUGGAUCCUCCUCCAAACUGCAGUGCUGGCCCUAAAGGAGACAAUAUUUAUGAAUGGAGGUCAACAAUCCUGGGACCCCCAGGUUCAGUGUACGAGGGUGGUGUCUUCUUCUUAGAUAUCACAUUUUCACCUGACUACCCCUUCAAGCCACCCAAGGUGACUUUCCGAACAAGGAUCUAUCAUUGCAAUAUCAACAGUCAAGGAGUGAUUUGUUUGGAUAUCCUGAAGGAUAACUGGAGCCCAGCACUGACCAUCUCUAAAGUUCUCUUGUCAAUUUGUUCUCUUCUAACAGAUUGCAAUCCUGCUGAUCCUUUGGUUGGAAGCAUAGCUACUCAGUAUCUGACCAACAGAGCAGAACAUGACAGAAUAGCCAGACAGUGGACCAAAAGAUAUGCGACAUAGGAACGUCCUGUAGUCAUAUCUGGGAAAGCACAUUCACUAAGUGCAACGACAACCCUACCCCUAAACCUAGCUUUAUUUCCUUUUCAAAAGAAAAGGAAGCUGUGUAUAAAAAUGUUGUUUCGUUCCUUGAUGACUUGAAAUGAUCUGAAACUGUUGUUUUUACAAUGGGUUGGUUUGAAUUUCUACAAUGCAAAGAAUGUUCACCUUGUACAAGUAGAGAGCUUUGUUACAUAGCUUUGUAUAAGUGUGUCUCCUUUCAUGUGGCUCUUAAACCGUAAUAGGUUAUAUCUAAUUUCUUCAUGUAGAUACUGCUUAGAACUGAGAUUUUUGUACUAAAGUCAAUCAUGUCAGGUGUAUGCUACCAGUUUAAAGCUUUGUAAUAAGCUAAAGUUAACAAUCACUGUCAUUACAAUGAUGGCUGUCCUUGUCACCAGCCCCAAGCAGUUUUUCUCAAAAAUUCUGGAGAACAACACAAAAUUCUGUACUUUGCAGAAUAUCUACCUUUAAAUGCUUGUGAAUUUUGAAGUACC